AAAUUCACCCUAUGUCUUAAAGAACCUUCGCGCGGCGGCUAAGAUUAAUUGUCGGGAAACAAAAAAGAGCGAAGGAAGUUGGUUUAGCUGCGAUGGAGAAACAACCGAACCAGAAACAGGCGGCUGACUCGUUUUCCAGCGAGGAUUUGAUCUCUCCGCCGGCGAAGAAGGCGAAGAAGUCAGAGGAGACGGGAUGUGAUAAUACUAAAGACCCGAGAAUCUCCAGUGGCGCAGGAGAGGAGAUGCAGGAGAUUCCCAGUGGCGGAGAAGAAGUCAUAGCCGCCGUUGAUAAUAGAGCGGCGGAAGAAGGUAGCUCGAGCUGUAUAAGUGAGGAGAAGAAAGGAUUUGUCUUUGAAGCUGAUGUUGCUGAAGACAAAGGAGCUAGACAGGCAAUGGAAGUUGUUUCGGUGGUUUUGCCCGACGCUUCUUUGGAUUUCCCAGGGAAACUUAGCUGUGGUCAUUUUGCGAUAUAUGAUGGGCAUGGUGGACGUUUAGCUGCAGAGUUUGCUAAGAAGCAUCUUCACCUUAAUGUUCUUUCAUCUGGCUUACCACGUGAGUUGAUGGACCUCAAAGUUGCUAAGAAAGCCAUACUUGAUGGUUUCCGGAAGACCGAUGAGUUGCUCCUACAAGAAAGUGUUUCAGGAGGAUGGCAAGAUGGCGCCACAGCAGUGUGUGUAUGGAUAGUUGAUCAAAAGGUUUUUAUUGCCAACAUUGGUGAUGCUAAGGCUGUGUUGGCACGAUCCUAUACUACCAACGAAUCAGGGAGUCAUACAGAAGCAUCUAAUCCACUCAAAGCAAUUGUUUUAACGAGAGAGCAUAAAGCAAUUUAUCCACAGGAGCGUUCUCGCAUUCAAAAGUCAGGUGGUGUUGUGAGCUCAAAUGGACGAAUACAAGGGCGUCUUGAGGUUUCUAGGGCGUUUGGCGAUCGUCAAUUCAAGAAGUUCGGUGUCAUUGCAACUCCGGACAUUCAUGCGUUUGAGUUAACUGAGAGAGAAAACUUCAUGAUUCUUGGUUGCGAUGGAUUGUGGGAAGUGUUUGGACCAAGUGAUGCCGUUGGAUAUGUUCAGAAACUCUUGAAGAGCUAUGUGCACACAAUUAAAGGGCAAUGAGAGAUUACUAAGAGCUGGCACUUUGCAGGAAGGGUUGCCUGUAAGCACAAUCAGUCGUCGUCUUGUAAAGGAAGCUGUGAAAGAACGUCGUUGCAAAGACAACUGCACAGCGAUCGUGAUUGUCUUCAGACGCGGAUGACGAAAAGAAAAGCAUGUGGGCAUCUGUUUUUCUUUUUGGUUUUGGCUUUUGCUUGAAGUGUUCCAUACCUGUUGUUGUCACACACCUUUUUACAUGUCAAUGGAUCAUUUAUACAUUUGGGACGCCACUAGAAGAAAAAUGAUUUUAAAGACUGAA